AUGGCCAACGCGGGUUAUACCUCGCCCUUCCCAACCUCCCAUGACACUAUUGGGCAGUCUACACUAGUGACUCCCUUGUUUAUGCCUUCAUCUCCUCCACAAAACUUGUCCAGCCCUCCGGACUCCCCGCUCCCCGCCCAGACUCCUACGACCGAGCGCGUCGCAGCGAAAGACAACGCCCACGGCCAUGUCAGCGACGACGAACAGCAAUCAGACAACGAACUACAGAAUAUCUCCCGGCCCGCGACCCCCGGAAGCCCAACGGGCUCAGAUCUCGACGCGCGACUUGCUGAUUACACCUUGGAUUUCAGCAACUUCCCCAGUGGUCAUUUUGCUCUAGAGGGGAAUGAGGAAACUUUGCCCCCCUUUCAUAAAGAUAUCGAAGAUAAACUGUCGGAUGUUGGGGGCCCGGAAGAUUUUACUGCAAACUUGGAAAAGUAUUUAAUGGGCGAUCUUGAAGGAGAGAUCCGUGACGAGGAGGAUGCUGAAGUACAGUAUGGAUCAUUGCGACGGUCAUUCCGAAAAUCAAAACAAUCAGUGAUAGAGGAGGAGGAGGAGGCGGAUUCUGGAGAAUACAGUGAAUUCGAGCCACCAGUGGACAUGUCGACCCCCUCGCAUUUACUACACAGAACGAGCGCACUUCCCAAAGACUCGACACAUCUUGAAGACAUUGAAGAAUACCCUGACGAUGACGAGUCACGACACCAAGAUCAGCCCUCGCCUUCUGCUCGCAAGCCCUCGAUCGCGUCAAGCAAUGGUACGGAUGAGCGUGAGGAUCUGCGCAACCGAAUUCAACAAUUGGAGGACACUGUGAGAGAGAGAGACAAUCAAUUGCAACAGAAUCGCACCCGUGUACUUGAAGCUGUCUCAGCUGGCGAGCAGAUUCGUCAUCUACAGACAGAACUACAGCACAAGACUGCUCUUCUGGACGAGGUACAUGCCAAAGGCAGCGACGAGGCCAUGCUUCGUGAGCAGGUUCGGUCACUGCAGAAGCAGAACGAGGAACGUGAGAAAAUGCUGCACCAGUCGAAUAUGGGCGGGGCUGAUCUCAACUCACUUCUGGAGCAAAUCCGAGAGAUGCAGCAACAGCUGCAGAGCCGAGACCAGCAAAGUUCCCUGGACACUGAGCGAUUGGAGACAAUUGCUCACCUGCGCCAACAACUUACUAUUUCCCAAGAGCAAUUGAAAGCGCGCGAUGCUACUCUCGAUGAGACAUUCGCUAAACUCAGGGAAGUGACCCGGGAUAGGGAUGCGCAGAUACAAGAGAAGCACUCCGAGAUUGAUCAACUCCAGUCCCAAAUUGAUGAUUACGGCCUAGAAAAUGAGAAGCUCGAGACACAACUGGAGCGCGCUCACAAUGACUUCCAGGUCUUGGAAGAAAGAUUUAUCACAUUGGAAGAUAGGAAUCGGCCACUGGAAGAGAAGAACAGCUCGCUCGAGGCGGAUCUCACUCGUGUUCAGUCUCAGAUCGAAGCCCAGGAAAGCGCCCUGAAGGCUGCAGCUGCAGAUUUACCCAUCACUGGACACAGCACCUACAGCGAGAUUCUUGACUUGAUCAAAGAUCUGGGACAUGGAGAUGUGGACCCCGUGGAUGGUUCAUACACGUCCCUGUCACAGCCAAAGGACAAGCUUACCGAAGUCCGAACCGUCCAGGAGCUGCACCAAUCGCAACAAGAGGAGAUCGCGAGUCUCCAACAGGAACUACAAGAGACAUCCGCUGUACAAAAAGCCACAGUUGCCGAAUCAGACCGUCUCCGUGCCCAAUCUGCCGAGACCCAGUCUCUCAUCAAGACCAUCGAGACUGAAAACCUUCGCUUGUCCCACAGGGUGGAAGAGUUGACAACAGCCCUCCACAAAUCACAGCACGACCUGACCCAGACAAGAGAAGAUCACGCCGAAUCCCUCGAGACAAUCGCACGUCUGCAAGAAGACAAGCUGGCCGAGCCACCAAGCCCACCCCCAGCCCCAGAACGAAAAGAGCCAGACACAGCCGCCAUAGAAGCAAACCACCAAAGCCAAGUUCGCAGCCUGCAAACAGCGCACUCAACCGCAGUAUCCACUCUCCGCGCCUCCCACGCCGAAUCAAUGCGCAAGAUCCGCAACCUCCUCACAGCAGCCGAACAACGCGAGACAAACCUCCGCACUGAGCUCGAAACCCUCCGCUCCACAACCACAAACCAAGAAACACACCUUCGCAAAGCCUUCCGAACAGAACUCAAGCGCCUGGAAGCCGUCAUCGCCGCAAAAGACGAGACAUCCGCCGCAGUCGACCAGCGUAUCGCACUAUCAGUCGAUAAGCGCGAACGCGAAUGGGAACGACGCGUCGACCUCCUCCUCAAGGAACGGGAUCGCAUGGCCAAGGCGCUUAUGAUGACCUGGGGCGAAAAGGAACUCGGUCGUGGGCCUGGGGCCUUGGCUGAAGGUAAAGAGAAUCGUCGGAGAGACGGCGAGAGUAAGAGUGGACAGGCUUAUAGGUAUAAGCAUGUCCAAAAGUCAAAGUCCAAGAGUGGAGAGACGAAGGCUUAG